AUGUCAAAAUACACUUUCAACACAAACGCCCCGGAGUUCAUUCCAGGCCGGCCCUUUGUCUUGCCGACGUACAGCUCCAAAGCGCCGCAGCCCUCAGGGGCCCCCGAGGGGCCCCCGCAGCCCCAGCCGGGGGGGCCCCCCGUGGGGCCCCCGCAGCAGCAGCCGGGGGGGCCCCCCGCGGGGCCCCCCGAGCCGCAGGCCGCAGGGGCCCCCCUGGGGGCCCCCGAGGCCGCUCAGGUGGGGGAUCUCUGCAAGCGGCUGGAGGCGGCCUCUGUGGCGGAAAGCACUUGGGAAGAUGAAGCUGAGGAGCUCGGAGCGGCCCCUUGCUCGCCCGCUGCAGCCGCGGGCUGCAGCCCCCCGCCGUCCCCCUCCUGCUGCGCCUCCGAAGCAGCAGCAGCAGCAGCAGCAGCAGCAGCAGCAGCAGCAGCAGCAGCAGGAGGAGUCGUGGAGAGCUCGGACUUGGAGGGGGAAGAAGCCCUUCUUCUGGGGGAGGGCCCCCAGGGGGGCCCCCCGGGGGGCCCCCCGGGGGGGCCCCCCGGGAGGGGCCCCCGGCGCGAAGCCGACCCCAGACCCCACUUAAAUGUGGUGUUUAUUGGCCACGUGGAUGCGGGCAAAAGCACCACUUGUGGAAAUGUUUUGUUUUUGAGUGGAGGCGUUGACGCGCGGACUAUAGAGAAGUACGAAAAAGAGGCUAAGGAGAAAAACAGGGACUCGUGGUUUUUGGCCUUCGUCAUGGACACUAAUGAGGAAGAAAGGCAAAAGGCAAUUCUUUUUUUACUAAUUAAAUGA